AUGUCUUCUUCAAACUUCUUAUUUUUCUCACUAGCUCUACUAAUCCUCACACUCUCCCCCAUACCAAAUUUUGCUUCUUCUUCUUUAGAGGAAGCCAAUGCUCUUCUUAAAUGGAAAACAAGCCUUCAAAUCCCAAACAAUUCCUUGGUUUCUUCAUGGAACUCCCUCCCUUUGAAUUCUAGUGCAUUAAUUCCAUGCACUUCUUGGUUUGGAGUAGUUUGCAAUGCUGAUGGGAGCACUCAAAGGCUAAACCUCAGUUCAUGUGGCUUAAACGGUACACUCCACCAAUUUCCAUUCUCUUUGCUACACAAUCUUACAUAUCUUGAUCUCACUAUAAACAACUUCUUUGGCCCCAUCCCACAAGAAAUCCGACUCCUCUACAAACUUGUAUAUCUGGAUUUUUCAGUGAAUAAGUUUUCUGGAGUAAUCCCACCUGAAAUAGGAAACCUGCGCCAGCUAACCAUCUUAUGCAUAUAUUCAAACAAUAUAUCUGGCACAAUUCCUUCAUCAUUGGACGAAAAUCAACUCUCUGGUCCCAUUCCUAUUGAACUUGGGAAUUUGAAGUCUCUAACUGAUCUUGCGGUGAGCAACAACCAGCUUAAUGGUUCCAUUCCUUCAUCAUUGGGUGAUUUGACAUCUUUGAAUGUCCUUCAUUUGCACCAAAAUCAACUCUCUGGUCCCAUUCCAAUUGAGCUUGGAAAUUUGAGUUCUCUCACUAAGCUAGCCAUGUACAAGAAUCAACUUAAUGGUUCUAUUCCUUCAUCAUUGGGUGAUUUAACAUAUCUGAGUGUCCUUUAUUUGUACAAAAAUCAACUCUCUGGUCUCAUUCCUAUUGAACUUGGGAAUUUGAAGUCUCUAACUGAUCUUGAGGUGAGCAACAAUCUGCUUAAUGGUUCCAUUCCUUCAACAUUGGGUGAUUUGACAUCUUUAAAUGUCCUUUAUUUCGACGAAAAUCAACUCUCUGGUCCCAUUCCUAUUGAACUUGGGAAUUUGAAGUCUCUCACUGAUCUUCAAGUGAGCAACAAUCAGCUUAAUUGUUCCAUUCCUUCAUCAUUGGGUGAUUUGGCAUCUUUAAAUGUCCUUUAUUUAGACGAAAAUCAACUCUCUGGUCCCAUUCCUAUUGAACUUGGGAAUUUGAAGUCUCUCACUAAGCUUGGUCUGAGUUACAAUCAACUUAGUGGUUCUAUUUCUUCAUCAUUGGGUGAUUUGAUAUCUUUAAAUGCCGUUUAUUUGGACGAAAAUCAACUCUUUGGUCCUAUUCCUAUUGAACUUGGGAAUUUGAACUCUCUCAUUCCUCUUCAAGUUAGAGGGAAUCAGCUUAGUGGUUCCAUUUCUUUAUCAUUGGGUGAUUUGACAUCUUUAAAUGUCCUUUAUUUCGACGAAAAUCAACUCUCUGGUCCCAUUCCUAUUGAACUUGGGAAUUUGAAGUCUCUCACUAAUCUUUGUUUGAGUGACAAUCAACUUAGUGGUGCCAUUCCUUCAUCACUAGGAAACCUCAGCAAGCUACAGACUCUGUACCUUCACACGAAUAAACUAUUUGGUUCGAUUCCACUAGGAUUGGGAAGUCUAGAGACACUUGAGCUGUCAAAUAAUCAUUUUUGUGGCCAUUUACCAGAAGAUUUGUGCCAUGGGGGAAAGCUUCAAAAGUUCACAAUAAAUGCUAAUCAUCUCACUGGGCCUAUUUCAAGAGGCUUACGGAAUUGUUCCAGCUUAAUUAGGGCUCGUUUUGAUCAAAAUCAAUUCAUUGGAGAUAUAUCCAAUAGCCUUGGCAUCUAUCCCCGCUUAAAAUAUCUAGAUAUCAGUCACAAUAAUUUUCAUGGGCAGCUUUCUCAAAACUGGAGUGAAUGCAAGAAUUUGGCAACCUUAGUGAUGGCCAAUAACAAUAUCUGUGGUAGCAUACCACCAGAGUUUGCACAUUCAACUCAAUUCCAAAGGCUUGAUCUUUCAUCCAACCAGUUGGUGGGAGAAAUCCCAAAGGAGUUUGGGAAGAUGAAAAGUAUGCUGAAUUUAUCCUUGGCGAAUGACCAACUUUCAGAAGUUGAUUUAUCUCAGAAUUGGCUCACAGAAGUGAUACCAUCUGAAGUUCAAAGUUUGAAAAAUCUAAAAAAGUUGAAUCUUUCUCACAAUAGACUAUUUGGUUCUAUUCCUAAUGCUUUUACAAGUUUGCCCAGUGGGAUUGACAUCGACCUGUCCAAAAAUGAGCUCACAGGUCCAGUUCCCCUUUGCUCCAACUUUGUGAACGCGUCCUUACAAGGCAAUCCAGGUUUGUGUGCAAAUUUUACAGGACUAAAAUUGUGUGCAAGUCAAAUCCUGAAGAAGAAAAAUGAUCCCUUUCAUCAUCGGCUCAUCCUGAGACAUUCUCCACAGAAACCAUUGGACAAAGAAGGUGGUGAUUAUUUCUCCAUAACAAGUUUUGAUGGAGGAGUAGUGUAUGAUGACAUCUUGAAAGCAACGGACAAUAUUCAUGAAGCAUAUGCUAUUGGGACCGGAGGAUAUGGUACUCUGUACAAAGCCGAGCUACAACCUAAAAAUAUGGUAGCAGUCAAGAAACUUCACUCAUCAUCUGAGAAUGUUGAUCAUAAUGGAUUCCUUAAUAAGGGAAGCCUUGGAUCAAUCUUCAGAAGUGAUGUCUUAGCAAAAGAAUUGGAUUGGUCGAAAAGGGUCAAUAUUGUAAAGGCUAUAGCUAAUGGUUUGGCUUAUAUGCAUCACGACUGCUCGCCUCCUAUAAUUCAUAGAGACAUUUCCACUGCCAACAUCCUUCUUGAUUCUGAUUAUGAGGCACAUAUUUCUGAUUUUGGCACAUCCAAGCUUUUAAAGCUAGACUCAUCCAAUUGGACCGCAAUUGCUGGGACCUAUGGUUAUAUCGCACCAGAGCUUGCUUAUACGAUGGUGGCAACCGAGAAAUGUGAUGUGUAUAGCUUUGGGAUUGUUUCACUAGAAGUGAUCAUGGGAAAGCAUCCCGGUGAACUACCAACGUGGUAUGUGUUGUGUUCCAGCCUCCAAAGCCUCCAAAGCUACAGUAGCCAUCAUUGUUGA